AUGCUUCAGUUUUCAGCCGAUACUGGGCUCAAGGUUUCAUUGGGGGUAUUCUUUCUUUCCUCCUUUUUCCUUCACGCGACCUACAACACGACCUUUGCCUUUGAUCGCCCGAUCAACACGACUGUCUUGAUCUGCUUUCUCACAGGAGCGGUGUUCUUGGUAUUUGGAUACUUCGUUCCGUCGGCAUCGCGACCCUCGUCGCCCAUAUCUAAACGAUCUAGAGUCCCACUUGCCGAUCAGUUUGAACUAGCAUCGCCAUCCUCGUCACGCUCAUCGCGCUCGUCUUUUUCAUCACCAAUAUUGGCCUUCGAUGAACCAACACCACUUGAUGUUCGGUCGGGAUAUUGGUACAAGCUCGGUGGCCUGCUGAUUAUUUGCUGUCUCCGGGUUGAACUCUUUCGCCGAAUUAGCCUUAACAGUGAAUGCGCGCCUGCCGGAUAUUCGUAUGCCCUCCCGUUUACCGUUUCCCUUUAUGACUAUUGGCGGUAUCGGCGAUUGCUGCCAAUAGAAGAAUAUGUCUCGUCGCAUCGGUUUAAGAGUGUCCCUGUUCAGGUGGCUGAGUCGAUCUAUCGACGAUGCUUCUAUUAUUUGACCAAGAGCCAUUUCAGAGGCGUCAUCGCCGCGGCCUUGAUUUCUCUCGGUGGGUAUUCGGCCUCGUCCUUUUUGGCUGGUAGCCAAUCGACAUACAUUUGCCCACUCAGUCUUCAUGCUGCAUUUUGGAUGCGAUUGAUUGGAUACCUCAGUCUGCUAUUCGACUCGCUUAUUCUAAUGGGACUUGCUGAGCUAUUCGAAUUUGCCGAGCGAACUGAAGCGCGGAGGAAUCAACGAGCGCUCAUGUCAUUAGGGGCUGGCCUGCUCGCCAUUGCAUUUAUUUGGACAAUCAUCGCGAUAUUUGUCGAACAGAGCCGCCCUGAACAUAGCGGCCAGCCCUUCUUGGAUCUAGAGUACACACGCAGUGCUUUUGGUCAAGCUUUGUUGGUUCUGUUUUUCAUUGUAUCAGCUUGGCAAAUGUUGCCUUCGUACGGUGUCUUGGGGAUAACUAUUCUAACCGGGUUCAUGUUCAUCUACUUUCCCGCCGCGUCGACAUUAUUUUUGCGACAAAUGCCUUUUCCUUUUAUCUCUUUGCCUCAUUCUUCUCUUCCCCUCAUCGCAUCUACAGCUGGGGCGGUACUCUUUCUUUUGGGACGCAUAUUCUCCCAAGAGGAGGCGAAGUCAUUAUAUCGUGCCAACAUUGCCUUGCAGAUUACAUUCAUCGUUCUUUGCAUCAUAGGCCUCAUAUUCGCAUCUACCAAGCACCAUAUCUCACAGACUCAUCCUAUCGACCUUUUGAUUCACAAGGCGACCCUCCAGUUUGAUCGCUUUUUUGAAGAAGCUGCCAAAAGCACAUCUUUAGAAGAAGCUGUUGUUGAGUAUCGAAACCGAUAUAACCAACAUCCACCUCCAGGUUUUGAUAAGUGGUACGAGUAUGCCACUUAUCGAUCAUCGGUGGUCAUCGACGAUUUUGAUGAGCUUCACAAAAAUCUUCUUCCUUUCCGAUCUGUUCCACCUCAACAACUACGCGAAAUGACCCAAAAGUUAGCAACCAACCCAUUCAACGACCUUGGUGGUAUUAGUAUUCGGGAUGGCAAGCCAAGAGUUCAAGAGGGAAUCAAGCCAACACAUGCGUGGAUGGUCCAAGGUGCAGCUCAAAUGAUCGAAAAGUUUUCCGAGUACCUCCCAGAUAUGGAUCUUGUUUUCAACUUGAACGAUGAACCUCGGGUCGCAGUGCCGUGGGAGAAAAUAUGGCCACUGAAGCGCGCGGCAAAGGAAAUGGAAUUCAAUUUCAAUCCCGAAUCAGGUGUGGUGGACACAUGGUCUGUGAGCCGAAAGGAUGGCUGGGGCCCUAUUGAGCCGGCCGACUCAACGAAUCAAACUAUCUUUACCGAUGGCGCUUGGCGGGGUGUUUUCGAUCCAUAUGUGAGCGCACUCUGUCCACCUUCAUCUAAGGCACGCACUCGUCGAGUCUGGAAUCGGCACAACAUAUGUUUGAGUUGCGUGGAUCCUCAUAGCAUGGGCCAGUUUCCAAAACACUUCGAGGUUGCGUCAGACAUCUGUCACCAACCUGACCUAGCUUUCCUUCAUGGACUAUUAAUAUCCCCUGCCUCUUUCAAAGUGUCACAGGACUUGGUACCAAUUUUCAGCCAAAGCGCACUGAAAGGGUUUAAUGAUAUUCUUUUCCCCAGUCCAUGGAACUAUAUGGACAAAGUGAAGUACGCGCCAACUCAUGAGCAUCCUGAUCCAGAGUAUGAUGAUAAGGAUAACUCGCUGUACUGGAUUGGCGGAACAUCUGAAGGUAUGAGCCGCUUUGGAGAAUGGAAGGGCAUGCCACGACAGAGAUUCGCACAUCUGAUCAACAACAAUACCGACAACAAAGUGUCUGUACUUCUAGAAACAGGCCCGAAACUUUACAAGUAUGAGAUCAUGAACGGAAACGACCCAUCAGAAAAGCUUGGUCUCCGCGCCGAUGUCCAUCUUGCGGACUCAAUCACCCGUUGCGGAGACUGUGAUGAGCAAGAAGCAGAACUGGGCCUGAGUGAGAAGAUUGAUUUCCAACAACACUGGACCUAUCGAUUCCUAUUCGAUCUUGAUGGUGCUGGUUUCAGUGGUCGAUUUCUACCUUUCUUGCAGAGCCACAGUGUGCCAUUCAAGACCGGUCUUUUCCGGCAAUGGUUUGACUCGCGGCUCAUCUCCUGGUUCCAUUUCGUACCCGUUGAUAUCCGUUUCCAUGGGUUCUGGAGUACGCUGGCGUAUUUUGCGGGUAUUUCAGGCCCACUAGAUGAUCAUUCCUCCCCUACUGGCCAACUAGGGAUGAAGGCACACGAUGAGGAUGGUUGGUGGAUUGCGGAGCAAGGGCGAAAGUGGUCCGAAAUUGCCCUUCGCAAGGAGGACAUGGAGAUUUACUUCUUCCGCCUGCUCCUCGAAUGGGGUCGUCUAACCGAUGACCAAAGAGAAGAGUUGGGUUUUAAGCCAUGA